AUGCAACUGCAAUGCACCUUCCUAUGGAAAAUCUGGAACGCUCGCAAUAACUGUGUGUUCAAUGGAAAGAGGGAGGACCCUGCCAGAGUAGCCUUUGAUACAGCUGAGGUUAUUAGGGAGUUCAACCAUGCCAACCCAGAAUUAGCCAGGAAGAAGAAGAUUUCGACGGCAGAUCAGAUUUCCAGUCCUGAGGUAGGAGUGUCCAUUGUUCAGGUUGAUGCAGGCUGCUAUGACAAUGGAACUAUGGCCAUGGGAUGUGUGGUGAAAGUGGAGGGCAUGCGAGUGUCUUUGUCAGCUUGUAGACGAGAGCAGUUGUUGGUGAACCCUACUGUUGCUGAAGCAAUGGCCAUAAGGUGGGCGCUUUCUCUGAUGCAAUCCAUUCAUCUUGACAAUGCGGUGCUCCAAUCCGAUGCUCUUAGUGUUAUUGAUAGCAUUUGGGGACUGUCUUACAUUGCUGAUUUGGAGCCAAUUGUGGCUGAUUGUAAACAUUUACUUGCUUGUUUUAGGAAUGUUACUGUCUCUUUUGUAGGUAGAAGUGGUAAUGUUGAUGCUCACCAUAUGGUGGGCGUUGGCAGAACUUUAGGUAACAAAACUUGGAUUGGGUGUAUCCCUACCGUGGCCUCUGGUCCCUCUUGUAAUCGUUCGGUGGUUGUGCCGGUUUCGUAA